CAUGCCCCGCGGCCGUUGCCAUAGCGACGCGUGUGUUGGCCGCCGAGGUGCGGGCUGGGCGCCGGGCGCCGGGCCUGGUGGGGGACCCCGGCCAUGGCGUGCGCGCGGGGCUCUGCUUGCGGGCGUGCUGCCUCUGCGGGGCCUUCCCCUUUUGUUUUUCCUCACGGCUGAACCGCCCGAAUGUGGUUGCGUGAGCGCAGCGUGAGAGGCUCUCCCGGUAACGGCUCCGGUAGGAACGCGGCCUUAAACACGAAGCACACCCCAACGUGACAAAGAGCUCGGUGCUUUUUUUGUAUCUCUGAGAGCGCCGACGUCUGCGGAUGGCUCGAGCGGCGUUUUACCAGGUCUUUGAAAACGUGGCUCAGAAAUACGAUGUAAUGAAUGACUCGAUGACCCUGGGGAUCCACCGGGUGUGGAAGGACAUCCUCGUGCACAAAAUGAAUCCUUCCCCAGGGACGCUCCUUGUGGAUGUUGCUGGCGGAACAGGUGACAUUGCCUUUCGAUUCAUUAAUUACGUUCGUUCCAUACGAGAACGCCAGCUCCAGCAGAAGCUUAGGCGCCAUCAGAAUUUGUCAUGGCAGGAAAUUUCUAAGAGUUACCAGGAAGAACAAAGUAAUCCACUAGGAGAUUCCCAAGUUGUAGUCUGUGACAUUAACAAAGAAAUGUUAAAAGUUGGGAAGCAGAGAGCGCAGCAUCUUGGCUACUCUGAAGGUUUGUCCUGGGUGCUUGGGAAUGCUGAAGAGUUGCCCUUCGAUGAUGAUAAGUUUGACGUUUACACAAUUGCCUUUGGAAUAAGAAACGUUACUCGUAUUGAUUUGGCACUUCAGGAGGCCUAUCGUGUGCUGAAGCCAGGAGGGAGAUUUCUCUGCCUUGAAUUUAGUCAUGUCAGCAACCCUCUUCUUUCCAGGCUCUAUGAUCUGUACAGUUUCCAGGUUAUCCCUGUUCUGGGUGAGGUUAUUGCUGGUGACUGGAAUUCUUACCAGUAUCUUGUGGAGAGCAUCCGGCGCUUCCCCCCCCAGGAGGAGCUGAAGGCAAUGAUAGAAGAUGCAGGGUUUUUAAAAGUGGAUUAUCAGAACUUAAACUCCGGCAUUGUUGCCAUUCACUCAGGUUUCAAACUGUGAGUCUGCUACGUAGUGAAACACAGCAAGUAUAAUUUUCCUGGAGGAUCUGAAAGCUCUGGAAUUUUAACUCUAUCAAGAUAAAAGAUGAAAGUUUUAAGAACUCGUGCAGCAGAUAUUUGCUCAGCAGUCAGAUCCAGAAGAACAUCAGUUGUUCUUUUCCCCUCAAGAGACCUGAGGGUGAAGUGAAUUCUGUGGCCAGUUUCUUACCCUUGAAUUUCCCUUCAAGUGCUUAAAGGACAUGGAUAAAAGUGAGCAGUGCUAAUGAGUGGAGCAGCUUCAGUUACACCUGCUGUGGACACAAACAGACUGACUAGUCUUCUAAUAAGAUUCCUCCCUUCUCUUACUGAGCUUCAAGGAGGCUACUGUAGCAAUGUGAAGAGUAACUUGGAUUUAUUAAAUCUGUAUUAAGCUCUGAUUGUCUUUCAGUCAUACGGACUUUAAUGGACUUUUCUGUGUUCUUUUGACUUCUUCUGAAUAGAAAUGGAAGGCUUAUGAAAUAAAACAGCUCUGCAUCAACUACUUUUCA